UAAGCUUCAAGCUCGGGGCUGCGGCGGCCAUGUUAGUGCCUGACGCAGGCGCCAUUACAGGGCUAGUAUCUGCGGGUGAAUCCCGCCAACGUGAGCAGCUUAAUCCCCAGCGUUCGGGGCGGGAGGUGGGCUUGUACUUUUGCGGUUUGGGUUGAUUCAAAGGCUUAACUAUCCAGAUGGGAGACUGGCAACGAGGUGACAACUAGCCAGUUUUCCCGCGAAGCCCGCGCACGCCUGAGGGGGGCGCCAAGUCCGGCUUCAUCGACUUCCUCCCAAUGCUUGUAUAGUCCUGUGACCCUGGAAAAUACAGAUUUUCCUUCCCUCCGCCCCCGACCCCUCCCCCGUCCCUCCACGUUUGAGUCAACCUCAAUUUCUGAGUCCCAAGCUACUCAGUCGCCGAGGCUGGGCAUCCUCGGGCUGCUCCGGGAGCCUUAGGCGGUUCCACGCGUCCGUCGUUACCCUCACGAAUAACUCGCCGGCCCUCGGCUGUGCGAGCUCUCGACUUCCGUGGAGCAAAGGACUUUGGGGUUUGUUCCUUUUGGCGGGUCUUAACGCUUGUUCCUAGCAGGGUUGGCCAAGUUCAUUUUCCUCAACCCUGUGAUUAAUGGAGCAUUUUUCUUGAUAUGUAGUUAAGAUAAAUUAAUGGCAGUCUCUGUUCUUGUAAUUGGUAAUGGGGGAAGGGAACAUACACUGGCUUGGAAACUUGCUCAGUCUGAGCAUGUCAGCCAGGUAAUAGUUGCUCCAGGAAAUGCUGGAACGGCCAACAAUGGGAAGAUUUCAAAUUCAGCUGUGUCAGUCAAUGACCAUACUGCUCUUGCUCAGUUCUGCAAAGAUCAAAAAAUUGAACUUGUAGUUGUUGGACCAGAGGCUCCUCUUGCUGAUGGAAUUGUUGGGAAUUUGACAUCUGCAGGGGUGAGAUGUUUUGGUCCCACAGCAAAGGCAGCUCAAUUAGAGUCCAGCAAAAAAUUUGCCAAAGAGUUUAUGGACCGGCAUGGAAUUCCAACUGCAAAGUGGAAGGCUUUCAGCAACCCUGAAGAAGCCUGCAGCUUCAUUAUGAGUGCAGAUUUUCCUGCUUUGGUUAUAAAGGCCAGUGGUCUAGCUGCUGGAAAAGGAGUAAUUGUGGCUAAUAACAAAGAAGAGGCCUGCAAAGCAAUUCAAGACAUCAUGCAGGAUAAAGCUUUUGGAACAGCUGGUGAUACUGUUGUAAUUGAAGAAGUUCUUGAAGGAGAAGAGGUGUCUUGUUUAUGUUUCACUGAUGGUAAGACUGUGGCCCCAAUGCCCCCAGCACAGGACCAUAAGCGUUUAUUGGAUGGAGACCAUGGCCCCAAUACAGGAGGAAUGGGAGCUUAUUGUCCAACACCUCAGGUUCCUAAAGAUCUGUUAUUAAAAAUUAAAAAUACCAUUCUUCAGAGAGCAGUAGAUGGCAUGAAACAAGAAGGUGUUCCAUAUGUAGGAAUAUUGUAUGCUGGUAUAAUGCUUACCAAGGAUGGCCCAAAAGUUCUAGAGUUUAAUUGCAGAUUUGGGGAUCCAGAAUGCCAGGUAAUUCUUCCACUUCUUAAAAGUGAUCUUUAUGAAGUAAUCCAAUCAGUUUUAGAUGGCCAGCUUUCUAAUUCUUUGCCAAUGUGGCGUGAAGAUAGUGCUGCUGUAACAGUUGUCAUGGCAAGCAAAGGCUAUCCAGCAAAUUACACCAAAGGCGUUGAGAUAACAGGAAUUCCUGAAGCUAAAGCUUUAGGCCUGGAAGUUUUCCAAGCAGGCACAGCCCUGAAAGAGGAUAAAACACUAGUAACUAAUGGUGGGAGAGUCCUUACAGUAACAGCCAUCCAGAAAGAUCUGAUGUCAGCUCUUGAAGAAGCCAAUAAAGGAAUAACUGUUAUAAAAUUUGAAGGAGCAGUUUAUAGAAAAGACAUUGGCUAUAGAGCUAUCUCUUUCCUAAAACAGUCCAGAGGCCUGACUUACAAGGAAAGUGGGGUGGAUAUUUCAGCUGGCAAUGAACUGGUUAAGAAAAUUAAGCCGUUAGCUAAAGCCACUUCUAGACCUGGAUCUGAUGUAGACCUUGGAGGGUUUGCUGGUCUCUUUGACUUGAAAGCAGCUGGUUUUAAAGAUCCCCUUCUGGCAUCUGGAACAGAUGGAGUUGGAACCAAAUUAAAGAUUGCCCAACAAUGCAAUAAACAUGAUACCAUUGGUCAAGAUUUGGUUGCAAUGUGUGUCAAUGAUAUUUUGGCUCAAGGAGCAGAACCUCUGUUCUUCCUUGAUUAUUUUUCCUGUGGAAAACUUGAUGUCAGCACAGCUGAAACUGUCAUUGCUGGUAUAGCAAAAGCAUGUGAAAAAGCAGGAUGCGCCCUUUUGGGAGGUGAGACAGCUGAAAUGCCUGGCAUGUAUCCUCCUGGAGAAUAUGACCUUGCAGGUUUUGCUGUUGGUGCCAUGGAGCGGAAUCAAAAGCUCCCUCAACUGAACAGAAUCACUGAGGGAGAUGUUGUUAUUGGAAUAGCCUCUUCUGGUGUUCAUAGCAAUGGAUUCAGCCUUAUAAGGAAGAUUGUAGAAAAUUCUUCCUUCCAGUUCUCCUCUUUAGCACCUGAUGGAUGUGGUAAUCAAACUCUAGGGGAAUUAUUGUUAAAGCCAACCAAAAUCUAUAGCAGAACAUUGCUACCUGUUCUUCGAUCAGGGGAUGUUAAGGCUUUUGCCCAUAUUACUGGAGGAGGACUACUUGAAAACAUCCCUCGAGUUCUUCCAGAGACUCUUGGGGUGGAUUUAGAUGCUCGAUGCUGGAAGAUCCCUAGAAUCUUUUCAUGGCUUCAGCUUGAGGGCUGCCUCUCAGAAGAGGAAAUGGCUAAGACAUUCAAUUGUGGAAUUGGAGCUGUCAUGGUGGUACAAAAAGAUCUAGCUGAACAAGUUCUGAAAGAUAUACACCAGCAAGAAGAGGAAGCCUGGAUAAUCGGGAAUGUAGUUACUUGUCCUACAGGUUGUUCCCGUGUGAAAGUCAAUCAUCUGAUUCAAACAAUGCAAAUAAAUGGAUCAGUCUCAUUAAUGAAUGAAUCUUUAAAGGGUUGCCUUAGUGUCCAACCAAAGAGAGUACAAGUAGCUGUCUUAAUAUCUGGAACAGGCACAAAUCUCCAAGCCCUAAUAGAUAGUACUCAGGAACCAACCAGCUGUGCACAAAUUGUUGUUGUUAUCUCUAACAAAGCUGGAGUGGCGGGGCUAGAAAAAGCAGAAAAUGCUGGUAUUCCUACUAAGGUAAUUAAUCAUAAGUUAUAUAAAAGCCGUUCAGAAUUUGACAGUGAAAUUGACAGUGUUCUUGAAGAGUUCUCUGUUGAUCUAGUCUGUCUUGCAGGAUUCAUGAGAAUUUUGUCUGGUCCUUUUGUCCAAAAAUGGAAUGGUAAAAUACUCAACAUCCAUCCAUCAUUGCUCCCUUCUUUUAAGGGUUCAAAUGCCCAUGAGCAGGUUCUUGAAGCUGGAGUGAAAAUCACUGGGUGUACAGUACAUUUUGUGGCUGAACAAGUAGAUUCUGGACAAAUUAUUGUUCAGGAAGCUGUCCCAGUAAUGAGAGAUGACACUGUUGCAACUUUAUCAGAAAGAGUAAAAAUAGCAGAGCAUAAAGCAUUUCCUGCUGCUUUACAGCUGGUGGCCAGUGGUACAGUGAAACUUGGAGAAAAUGGAAAGAUUUGUUGGAGUAAAGAGGAAUAAAGAAUCAUAAAUUUAGAAUGAA